AAGCAUACAACUUAUCGCCGUCUCGAUCGCCCUUCUGCCCUCGCCGCGUCCUCGGACCGCUCGUCAAAAUGAUCGCUUCGCAUUCGCAGUUCGCCUCGCUCCCCCAUCGUCUUCCGCCGCCGCCGCCGCGGCUCCUGAACCUGCCGUCAUUCCGGCCGAGGGCCACGCUCCUCUCCCGCGUCUUCCGCGUCCCCUCGGGGCGAUGCCACCGUCAGCGACGCCCUUGGGGCGGCGGAACGGUGCGGGCUCUGGACGCAGCCCAAGCGUUCGACUACGAGUCGCGGGCGUCGGAGGAGUUGGAGCAGCGCGCGCGCCUCAAGAUCGCGAUCGUCGGCUUCGGCAACUUCGGGCAGUUCCUGGCCCGCACGUUCGCUGCGCAGGGCCACGCCAUCCUCGCCUACUCCCGCUCCGAUCACUCCGCCUUCGCUGGAUCCCUCGGCGCCGCCUUCUUCCGUGACCCUCACGAUCUGUGCGAGCAGCACCCGGAUGUGGUGCUCCUCUGCACCUCCAUCCUCUCCGCCGAGGCCGUCCUCCGCUCCCUCCCCUUUCAGCGCCUCCGGCGCAGCACCCUCUUCGUCGACGUGCUCUCCGUCAAGGAGUUCCCCAAGAACCUCCUCCUCCACAUCCUGCCACCGGACUUCGACAUCCUCUGCACCCACCCCAUGUUCGGCCCUGAGAGCGGCAAACACGGAUGGGCAGGUCUCCCCUUCGUCUACGACAAGGUUCGCAUCGGUGACUCAGAGGACCGCGUCGACCGAUGCCGCCGCUUCCUCGACAUCUUCGCUCGGGAGGGCUGCCGCAUGGUCGAAAUGUCCUGCGCUGAGCACGACGAGAACGCCGCCGAGAUCCAGUUCCUGACCCACACCGUCGGCCGCAUCCUCGCCAAGCUCGACCUUAAGUCCACUCCCAUCAACACCAAGGGCUACGAGACCCUGCUCAAACUCGUAGAGAACACCUGUAGCGACAGUUUCGACCUUUACAACGGCCUCUUCAUGUACAACAAGAACUCUACCGAGUUGCUUGAACGCCUCGAGCUCGCCUUCGAUUCCCUCAAGAAGGAGCUCUUCGGCCGCCUGCAUGACAUCCUGCGCAAGCAGCUCUUCGAGAGCCCUAACGGCAGUAGUGCGCCUGUCGCCAAGGAUAAUUGAAGAAUGUCCUUUUUCUUUUCUUGUCACUAUGUAUGCAAGUAGUUUUCUUUUUCCGGUUACUUAGUUAUCAUUCAAUGUUAUCCUUUUCUUUUCCUCCCACAGGAUUUCCAGUCCUAUGCGGAGAUGCAUUCGAUAGGCUGGUUUAUGAAGAUAACAAUCUCGUAGUUGGCAAGUGCCAAUGGAUCAGGGAAAGGGUCUGGAUCAAUAGGUGCAUCGACUUGAAUUCAACUGCACAAGUGAGAGAGAAAGAAAGUGAUUAUUUUACAUGCAUUAAAGAAAAAGAGGAAGAAUUGGCUUCAGGUCAACUGUAUGGCAUUAUUGAUGCUGCCAUAUGGCAUUUUUGUAUGUAUCCUUGUAGUCAGAUCCUCCCUGCAGUAACAUGAGUCAUUCUUUCACGUGUCCUUAACACCGACAAAAUUUCGCUGGCCAAGUUGCCCACAUGUCGUCGCCAUACUGCUCGAGAGAAAACCCCUGUCUAAAAGGAAAUGUAGUACAAAUUUUGGUAUUUCGGAUUCGUUUGUGGUACCGAGACAUAGAAUUACAACUCCUCCUGACAAUCUAGUAAAACAUUUUCAGAAAAUCAUGUCUGCUUGCAGGCAUAGAUUUGUUGUGUAGAAUUCUGUUUCGUAGAAGGUUUGUGGUCCUCUUCACGUUGUGGAGAUGCAGAAUGGUCUCACUGAGGUGAAUGAGCACUUGAAUAACUAUUGAAGAAGUUCUUUAAUGGUCAUUGUUGCAGAAAAUUAUUGGAGAUUUGUA